AUGAUUCUGGGUGGUCCAGUGGUAGCUGCUCCAUGUUUGCGGGUGGCUAUCGUUAACUGGAUUGGGUUGCUGCAUCUCCGAGGAACCUCCGACAAUUUUACAAUCAGUGGUCCGAUUCUGCCCCUUCUUGUCAUCAUCGCAGAGAAGAUGGAAAGAUGCUUUGAAAUCGUAGUGCCGCCCAGCAAGACUUACGGGACCAGGCUGGAGAACGGCUCGUGGCUUGGAAUGAUGGCCCAGUUAGCUUCCAGAGAGGUGGACAUGAGUGGCGUACCGGUGCAAAUCGACGAAGCAAGAAGUACCAUAGUGGAUCAGAGUAUUUCAUUGUUGAGCGAACUCGUAGUGCUUAUUUACAUAAAACCCAAGGAGCGCUCAGACUUGGCGGGCUUCAUCAAACCAUUCGCGUUUCAGGUACUGUGCUGAGACUGCUGUAUUUCAUCAAAGUUU